GGCCGCUUACAAGAAUAAUGGAGGAGACCCGUCACUAACACUUGAUGAAGAUUUCCAUUGGCUGCUCAGGCUGAAUCAUGGAGGGUAACGGUGACGUGUCGAGGGCCGUGACGCAGCCUCAGGCUGAUGUGUGCGGCGCCGAGUUGGGAGGUGGAGAGGUCACCAGCAAAGAGGAACACGGAAUAAACCCGGCCAAUCCUGCCGAGGCCUGCGACGACGGCUCGACGGGACUGAGCAAAGGCGGGCUCUCCGGCCUGGUGGAGAACGCCGCCGCGCCGCCGGUGGUCAGUAACACCUCUGAUGCUCCCGGAGGGGUGGCUCUCAAAGUCGCUACGACCGUACUCCACCCGGUGUGCUUGGGAGAAAGUCCGCUGAUGCUGCCCAUUCACCUUCAGAUGGCCGGGGCGGCCGCGCCUCAGCUGGCUCAGAUGGGGGCGUCGCCGUACUUGAUAGCGAGCCAGAGCCCCGUGUCGCUCCCCCUGGUGCUGGACCAGCAGGUCAUCCAGCACAUGAACCCCUCUGUCAUCCCUCAGACUGCUAACUGCCCACAGCUGCCUCUCCAGAACAACAUCCUGUGCCAGAACCCUCUGACGUUCGGUUUACCUCCAGCCGCCGAGCAGAAGUCGGCAGGGCCGAUGCAGGACGCUAACCUGCUCUCUCUCCUACAGAAUCCAGCGUUCGCCGCCAUCCUGCAGGACCUCUUCCCUUCCCAGGCAGGCUCAUCCACCUGUCAGUCCCCGGGCUCCCCGUUCUUCCCCGUUCCUCCGCUGACGCCUCCUUACGCCUCCCCUCUGGCCCCCCUGGUCCCUCCGGCCACACUGCUCGUCCCUUAUCCGGUCAUCAUCCCCCUGCCAGUGCCUCUGCCGGUCCCGCUCCCCGUCCCCAUACCGGUGCCUCUGAGCGACGACUCCAAGGGGAACGUGCCAAAGCCGGUUUGCACUGUGAGCAAAAGCACUCAGACUUCAUCAAAAGAUACUACCUCUCCCUCUUUGUCGUCGAGGAAAUGCGCUACUCCGUUUCAGCCGCAGCACGCGUCCACGUCCUCUCUUCCUCUGGAGGACGGACAGGCGCUGGACCUCUCUGUCCGGCCGUGUCCCGUUGAACCGAAACAGGAAUAUCCCAGUCCGCAGCAGGACAGCGUGCUCGACUUGUCAGUGCCCGGUGUGAAAAAGCGGUGUGCGGCAUCAGAAAGAGAACCGGCCGUCCGACCCGGACAGGACUCCAGCGGCACGUCUUUGUCUCUCGGCGUUGAAUGCACUCAGAGUUUGGACUCCAAGCUCCUGGGAAGCCUGGCGUCUCUGGAGUUCAGCCGACAGCACAAGUGGCUGGUGGACAGCGGCGUCCCCGGGUCCAGCUCCAUGGGUCAAGAGGCGGCUCUGAGCGGCGCCGGCAACCUCGAGAUCGUCAGCACCUCGCAGACGGCCAAGGUCAUUGUGUCGGUGAAGGACGCCAUCCCCGCCAUCCUCUGCGGGAAGAUCAAAGGACUCUCGGGAGUCUCCACUAAGAACUUCUCCAUCAAGCGGGACGGCAGCCAGGCGGCGUCCCUGCAGCAGCUGUACGGAGUGCCGUCGGGGUCCCACGGCGAGCCGCACAGCCCCAACGACCCGCUCAAGAAGGUCUCCAAAAGCAGAGCCAUCAAGCUGAAGAAGGUCAGCUCCCAGGAGAUCCACUUUCUCCCCAUCAAGAAGCAGAGACUCGCAGCGCUGCUUCCCAGGAAGUGAGGACACUCGCCGCCGGGGGAUUAACCGCUCCGUCGCUCUCUGGCCGUCUCUCCGGAGUGAACUACGUGAAACGUGUGGAGACGUCGUCGUUAUCGAAGGCUAACUCUUGUACGUCCGGCCGAAGCGAAGAGUUCGGCUGCAGACGUGAGGCAUGCGAACGGCGCGAGGCUCACCUUACAGAAUGGCC